UUAAACCUGACCGAGAAUGCCACACGUCUCGUUUGGGAAUGGUCACUAGGCGAGUUGCCAGGGAAGCUGACAUCAGAGGCUGCAUCCCCUAUAGAUUUAUUGCAUAGCGCCGGGAUCCGUCCCUCUCCUGCAAAUGAGGCUAGGGCACCCAGAGGAAAGCCCCUGAGGGUGCUUCGCGUCACCGAAGCAGGUUGCCUAGCACCGCUGGGACAGGGGAGGGCCGGCCAGAGAGGAAGAGUUUGCAAACAGUGUCAUAUUUUUCUUCCUACGUCUCGGACGCUCAGAGAAAGACAGAGAGGCAGUGCUGCAAAACACGGCCGAGGGGAAGGGAGGAGAGGGCAAACCGAGGGUCUCGAUGGCUUCGGAGGCGGCCGAGCUGGAGCUGCACUUGGUGCAGGACGUCGAACUGACCCGGUGCAUGCGUCUGCGCGUCGAGAGCCUCCAGCAGAGGAACGAGAAACCGCAAGACGGGGAGAAGCUGUUGCAAGCCAAUGAGUUUGUCUACCGGCUGGACUUCUCGCGCCAGCACGGCCUCCGCUUCCUGCGCUGGAAUGUGGUUCUGGAGAAACCCGGGAAGGUCACCAUCAUCGGCACCUCCCAGCAUUGGACACCGGACCUCACCAACCUCAUGCGCAGGCAGCUCCUGGAGCCUGUGGCCGUCUUCUGGAAGAAGGCGGACGCCCAGGAGGUCGAUUGGAACGAGGCAGACGCUCUGGAGUUUGGGGAGAGGCUGGUGGAGCUGGCCAGGAUCCGGAAAGUCAUGUAUUUCCUCCUGGCGUACACAGACGGCCUGGAACCAGCCCAGCUCAAGUGCUCAGUCGUGUUCAAAGUCUGAGUUUGGCCUCUCUUGCCCUCACAACCUGCUUAACCUCUCCUCUUUUCUCCCCGCUGCUGUCGACUCUGUGGCUGCUUUCUCAUUUUUUAAAACGAAAUUGCACUGUGGAGACCGUGCAGUUUAUUUCCUCCUGAUCGCCACAGGUGCCUGCCUCAAUUUGGGAAGUCUACUUAUUUCCUUCUAUUUCUUUCAUUGCUUCUCUAACUUGGAAGGCCACGCUUUUUCGACGCACUUUCAAUGUAGGAUUCAGAGAAGUGGCGCGUGACGCAGCUUAGGCGGCAAAUUUUCCUGCCGGGAAAUGAGGUGUGUUUUCUGUUUUGAAGCUUUGGGACGGACGGACGCGCACACAGGCGCAGACAGACCGCCGAGUCAAGAAAUCCAUGCUGGUGAAAAAAGACCCCUUGGCAAUCUCAGAAGGCGACGCAGCCGGGCUGGAUGAA